AUGCGUUCCUACAUCGCUGUUGCUGCCAUUGCAGCUCUUGCUCAGGCCCAGGACCUCGAUUGGGAUGCUGUCCUUCAAGCAACUCCCGCUCCCGAGGUCACCAUCCCUGUGGUCUACGCUACCGCCCCUGCCACCACAGUCACUGCUACAACAGUCUCUUACUCCAGCGAGGCAGCAGCUGCUUCCGUGAGCUCCGCUCUUGUUGCCAACCCUGACGACUCCUUCCCUCUGGACUCUGCCAUUGCCAAGCGUGCUGCUGCUACCACCUGCCAGACCCAGCCCACUGGUGUUUCUGUUGGACCUCAGCCAACCAAUGACGCUGUAGUCAACGACGACUCUGUCAGUGCCUUCUCGGCAUACCCUUCCUUCUCUGCCAGCGCCGCUUCUGCUGCUGCCCCAAGUGCCGUGCCCAGCGGCUACGUGAACACCUUCAGCAACUUGCAUGCAUCCAACAACGCCUAUGGAUACAUGGGUUACACUCUGCUCAAGUCUUACGACCAGCAGGGCUGCGCCGACAAGUGCACCAAGAUCAACGGAUGCCAGUCUUUCAACAUCUACUACGAGCGUGACCCCACUGUGAACCCUGACGAUUCAUCCUGCUCGAACCCCAAAUCUCUGACCCAAAUCAAGUGCGUUUUCUGGUCAGGACCUGUCACCACCGACAACGCCAACAACGCUGGCCAAUGGCGCAACCAAUUCCAGGUCGUGAUUGCUGGAUCAAACGGUUAUGUCAACAAGUCUAUUGCUACACCCGACGGCUACAACGCUGGUGUCUUCCUCGACAAGUCUGCCAUCAACGCUCCUCUUGACUGCACCGGUGACGACUCUUUCAUUGGCUCAAGACUGCUCACCAACUCCGUAUUCGAUGCCAACCUUUGCGCAGUCGCUUGCAACGAGCAGGCCAGCUAUGCUCGCCAGCACCCCCCUACUGAUGGCUCCUUCAACAAGAUCUGCUCCUUCUUCAACACCUACAUUCUGUACAAGAACGGCCAAGCUCUCCAGCAAAACUGUGCUUUGUACGACCAGACCUGGUCCAUGUCCUACGCCAAGAACAACGGGUACUCUUAUGGCCAGGACCACUACACCGUCGGAUUCUCAUACACCUUCUCCAACAAGACCGACGGUGGCAAGCCCAGAUACGCUUGCGACGUCGCUUCCGCCAAGUCAGCCAUUGUUUCUGCUUCUCUCCAGCCUUACUGCUCUGCGCUCUUGGGCUUCAGCUCUGCCGCCAGCACUCAGACCAUUACCGUCACUCCUACCGUCCAGGCCACUACCUUGACCACCCUGGCCGUUCAGCAGCAAAAGCGUGCUGCUUCCACCCCUGCAGCUCUCCAGAAGUACCCCGCCUCGGCCAUCACUUCUGGCUGUGCUUUGGCUGCCAGCUCCGUCACUGUCUUGACGGAGACCGCUACUGCCGCCGCCACCACUGUCUACAUCGCCACCUCGACCGUUAGCCAGAAGUAA